AUGGGAGACCAGUGCACCCUCCGCUUGAUGCGGGAAAUCCGACUCUUGCAGAAUGGUGACUCUCUUGCCAUGACGGUGCACUACAAUGAGCGCGACAUCUGCGACAUCUGGGCUUUGAUGAUUGGCUCACCCGGCACCCCAUAUGCCUAUGGUUUCUACCAAUUCGCGAUCAAAAUCCCUCCCGAAUACCCCGCCAAGCCACCCAAAGUCGCCAUCAAGACCACAAAUCGUGGCCAGACUCGAUUCGGCCCGAAUCUUUAUUCCUGCGGAAAGGUUUGCCUCUCUAUUCUUGGAACAUGGCCAGGAAAGUCUGGCGAGCAAUGGUCACCUGCACAAGGAUUGGAGUCAGCGUUGCUGUCAAUCCAAAGCCUGCUCUCCAUAGAUCCUUACUAUAAUGAGCCGGGAUUCGAAAAGUCUACUAGUAAUCUCAAGUCCGAAGAAAAUCACGUCCAGGAUUACAAUUCAAAGAUCUGCCACGAAAAUUUACGACUGACGGUGAUCGAACCCCUUGAAAAAAUACUGAAGCUGAAUGAACAAUUCGGGCCAGAAGCGGGUUCAUCGCCUGGUUCGUGGCACCAAGGAGUCGUCGAUGACUAUAUGAAGCAGCGAUUUCUAUGGUACCUGGAGCAGUACAAGCAAACCAUCGAAGAACAAAGUCAAGAAAUUUCAAUCCAGAAGCGAGACAAGGUGGAAUUCCCCCUGGCCCGAUUCGAAUGUGGAGGGAACGAAAUGAGAGGGUUCUGGGACUACCAAGACCUUCGGAAACGCCUCAACAAUCUCGAGAACAAGCUGGUGGAAGAAACCUUGUCAUGGCCCGAGAAAGGACUUGAGAUGGUCGCCAAGGAUGUUGGAAUUGCAGUCAGCCUGCGGGGACAGCAUGGUCAGAUCGCCUCUCAAAUAAACCGCAUCACGGAGUCGAUGGUCGAGCUGGAGAUAGUCAAUGACAACCCUUUUCUCUGGCGAGUGACAUACUUUGGCCGACCGAUGACCAGGUUUGAUGGUGGAGUCUUGCGAAUCAAGAUCUACAUCAGUCCCCGUCACCCUGUCGAGCAGCCGCGGGUGUUUUUUGAGACUCCAAUCUUCCACAUCCGUGUUUCGCCCAAGGGUGCUUUGAUUUAUCUCCCGGCACGUGCGGAGGAAAUGUCACGGCAUAUCGAAGGAAUAAUCAACACUCUGGAGGAAGAGGCGCCGCCAUAUAACCCACUUAUGACUGUGAAUCCGGAAGCGACCAAGCUUUACUGGGGCUCUAAGGAAGAACAGAGGCUCUAUAACCGAAAGCUUCGUCUCAGCAUCGCGGAGGCUACUGAGUAG